AUGAGCAACUGGCUUCACCGCAUCCUCUCGGAGCCCGUCUCUGCGCCCGCAGUGCCCAACGGCGGCGGCGGCGGCGGCGGGGCGGACGGGUCGUGGCCCCAAACGCCGCUGACACCACGCACAGCAGCACGGAUGAGAGACCCCAACGCGCCCGACUACCGCUACCAAGUGAACCAGAAAUGCAUCUACGAGCGACGGCUGCCCGGCGGGUCGUACAUCACGGCGCACGUGCAGCGGCUGCAGUCGGGCUUCUACGACAGCCCCGUGAUCCACGAGGACCGCAUCGACAACGUGCGGUUCGUCGCCAUCAAUUUCGUCUUUCACCCGAGCUCCAGCACGUUCCGGUUCAAGAGCGCCGAGAUCAACAUCGCGCUGCACCACACGGGCGAGGACAAGCGGAAUUCGUUGCAGGUGGUGGUCCCCGGACUAGCACCGGCGCCGCCGCCGCCGAAGAAGAACAGCCACGAUCAUGGCACGCAGACCGAGACACUGCCGUCCAACGCGCUCGUCAAGAGCAGUGACUGUCUCCGUGUCGCGCCGCCGCCGGGCUUCAAGCCCUCGCGGCCCAAAUUCCUGCGCCACGCGCCGCACUUGCUCUACGGCGGCAUCUCGCCGGAGACGUUGAACUGGAACUUCAACCUGGCGGGGUCUCUGGGCGUUUCGCAGGGCCCCGCGAGCGCGAGCUUCAAGCCCUCGUACGGGGUGAAGAGCAGCUACAAGAUCUACGAGAUGAUGAAGAUCCAGGGGUCCGUGCGGACGCUGAGGUCGUGGUCCGGCCGCGAGUACGACAUCGAGGACGGCGAGCUGGUCUGGACGCUCGAGGAGAACAAGCUCCAGAAAUCGGGCUUGCCGCGAGAAUUCACCUUCGUCAUGCUUCUGACAAAGGGCAGCGGCGGGUUCGAGCAGAGCGGCGACGUGAGGCUCGAGAUCGACGUGCACCCGAAAGUCACCGGUCGGCUGGGCGCGGCGUAUCCGUCCCUGAUCACAAACUUGCACCAGUACCAGCCCUUUAAGCGCGGAGUGCUGGACCUGGACGAGGAGAUCGGGCAGGUGUUUGAGCCGCAGAUCAAGGGCAACGGGUUCAAUUUUGCCAACAUCGCGACCAGCUUUGAUGACUUUGUCUGGUUGCCUGGUACGGCGUAUUCGACUUCUGAUGCUGGCGUGGCUCAAUCGCCCACCACCAGCGGCGCAGCACAACAACAGCAGCAGCAGCAGCAGCAGCAAGCUCCCCAACAGCAGAUAAUGGCCCAGCAAGGAUCCCAAUUGCACCACCGCUCAGGGACCCAGCAACAGCAACAGUCCCAGCCCCAUGCAGCGGCGGGCGGGAGCGGCGACACGACGCUCAAUCUGAGAGUAUUUCUGGAAGGCCCCUCGCGCGGUACCAGCGGGAGCCCCGUGCCCUUUCCUUCCCACCAGCAGGUCAUGCAGCAACUAGUCCCCUACGUGAACCUCAAAGUGCCCCCUCCGAACCCAUCGCGCGCACAAUCACCCUCGGUGAAUACGACAAGCGGCGGCUCGCGGACCUCCAACUCGACGACGGGGCCCCGGCGAACCAUCACGAUCGGCUCGUCAAAGUCGAGGUCCGUCCGCAAACGGCGCUCGCGUACGGGUCUGUCCGGCGAAUAUCAUACCAAGGAGUCACCGACGGAGGAGGGGAAGACGACAGAAGAACCGCAACGCUCGCGGGGCCAGGGACAGGUCAUCUCAUUAUCGGCUGGUGGCGGUAGUGAUAGUGGUGGUCAGAGAGUGUCCCCGGCUCCGGCACGACCCUUUUCGUACCAAGAGGGGGAAGGAGGAGGAGAUGACUUGGUCCACGACCGCAACGCUGUCGCCGCGGCCGCGGCCCCUUCCUCUGCUUCGGAGUGGCCAGAACACAAUCCCAAUCCCACUCCAAAGCCGCAGACGAAGAACGCUUCAACGACAACGCCACUCUUCCGUCCCUCGAGUCCCGAAUACGCCACGCCGCCGGCAUACCCGCGCCAGCACCCGCAGCCUCGUCCGAACAGCAUGCCCGGCGGCCUCGACGACACCCUUGUGGUCUGGGAUGAGGAUGCGCACAGCCCGGGCACGGGCAGAGUCUGA